CUCAAACUUCACAGUUUAAUUUCUCUCAGCUUUCAAUGAAUGGUCAUAAAUCUGUUUAUGUACACCCAAGGGUAAUGAUAACUCCCCUGCGGCACGAUCAGGCCUCAUUAGCAAAGCUUUACACCUAAGUAUACCGUUACCCGGGAAUCCUGGAAACUUACUGCUUUCCAUAGUGAACAGAAGACAAAAUGAGAAUGCUAAGUCAAAGCUCCAUUGAACUUAUAUCACGAGUCGAUGUCAACGAGGUCGAGGUCAUUCGCCUUUUGGGAUCAGGUGGGUUUGGUUCUGUCUUCGAAGCUAUGCACAAGAACUGCAAGGUUGCCAUGAAGAGGUUUCACACCAACACUCGCAACAAAAAAGCGGCGAUGCAAAGCUUCGAGGCUGAAGUGCACCACGAAGUCUUGUCUCUGAAACAUCCAAACAUUGUGCGAGUAUUGGGAACCAACGCAGCGCGCAGCCUUGAAGAACAACCGUUUAUAAUCAUGGAGUUUGUCAGUUCAAGAAACUUGCAACAUGUGCUGGACGACGCGGAUGAAAAAGUCGAUUUUAAACGGCGCGUCACAUUUGCAUACGAGGUGGCGCUUGCCUUGGAAUAUGUGCAUGACAAUAACAUCGCACAUCUCGACCUAAAACCCGCCAACGUUCUUAUAGCUCCGGAUGGUAGCUGUAAACUCGCCGAUUUUGGAUGCUGUCAGAUCAUCCAAGAACGGCCCAAUACACCGUCACGAUCGUAUCUCACCGGAACAUAUGCCUACCGGGCUCCCGAACUCCUGAAGGGGGAAAGUCCCACCUUCAAAGCUGACGUUUUUUCCCUAGGAAUCUGCUUGUGGCAGUUUUGGACCCGUGAAAUUCCGUACAAGCUACAAAAUCAUCAGAUUGUGAUCUUCCGAGUUGUUGCCUGUAAUCUGCGUCCGGAGAUCCCCGAGGGAAAUGACGUAGACAACCGGUACCGGGAGCUGAUGACGUCAUCAUGGCAUGGCAAUCCCGAGGAAAGGCCUUCUAUGACCGCGGUCGUAAACUUGCUUAAGUGUUUGAUUCCUUGA